GAUGUGUCACUCGUACUUCAACCAUAUUUAUAUCUUUACUAACUAAUUCAUAUAUUAUAAAUACACAAUUUCCACCCCUUAUUGUUUUCAUCUUUCUUAUUAUUCUCAUCAUGGAGCUUCACAUUCUACCCAUCCUCACUUUCCUUUUUAUUUUUCAAAGGAUUUGCCAGGCAAGUCUUACACCUGAAAAUUAUUGGAAGGAAAUGUUGCCAAAUUCUGGCAUGCCAAAAGCUAUCAAGAAUUCGUUUUCAUCUGUUACCGAAUGGAUUGAAGACAAAAGCACAUCAGUAGAUGUUGGCAAAGGAGGUGUACAUGUCAAUACUGGAGGAAAACAAGGAGGCGGUGGGACCUCAGUUAAAGUUGGGCCUCACAAAGGAGUCACCGUUGACACAGGAAAGCCCAAUAAAGGCCACACUAGUGUAAGUGUGGGCCCAAAAAGUGGGGUUGGUGUACAUACAGGAAAGCCUGGUGGGGGCCACACAGAUGUCAGCGUGGGCCCAAAAACAGGAGUUGGGGUCCACACUGGUAAGCCUGGUAAAAGAGGGACUGUUGUUGGAGUUGGUAAAGGAGGAGUUUAUGUUCAUGCUGGCCCAAAAAAGAAGCCCGUUUAUGUUGGAGUACAUCCAGGCCCAAACCCAUUUAAUUAUAUGUAUGCAGCUGAAGAAGCCCAAACCCAUGAUGAUCCAUCUCGUGCAUUGUUUUUCUUAGAGAAGGAUAUGAAACAAGGGAAAUCAAUGAACUUACAUUUUACUCGAAGUACAAACAAUGCUAAUUUUUUGCCUAGGGAGAAAGCCCAAUUGCUAUCCUUUUCGUCCGACAAAAUGCCCGAAAUUCUUGAAGAAUUUUCGGUUCAACCAAAUUCCGAGGAAGCUAAGGUUAUCGAGAACACGAUUAAAGGAUGUGAAAGUAAGGGAAUCAAGGGGGAGCAAAAAUAUUGUGCUACAUCACUAGAAUCUUUAGUUGAUUACGCGAAAAACACCCUAGGGAAAAAUGUAAAGGCAAUGUCUACAGAAGCCGAAAAUAUAAAUAGUAAAGCUCAAAAGUACACUAUUGUCGCAGUUAAAAAAGUUGCAAAUGACAAUGAGGCCGCGGUUUGUCACAAGCAAAACUAUGCUUAUGCGGUGUUUUAUUGUCACAAGACUAGGGAAACAUCGGCAUAUGUAGUGUCCUUAGUUGGUGCGGAUGGAUCGAGGGCUAAAGCAAUGGCUAUUUGUCAUGAGGAUACUAAGGGUUGGAACCCAAAACAUUUGGCAUUCCAAGUGCUUAAUGUUAAACCAGGAAGUGUACCUAUUUGUCACUUUUUGCCAGAGGAUCAUAUUGUUUGGGUACCUUACUAGGACUUGAGUUGUGAGAUACCAAGUCUAUUUCCCUUAGUUUGGUAUGUUUAGUAUAAAGAGUUGUUGUAUUUGUGUUGUUUUGUUGUACUAUAUUUUACAUGCCUAGAUUAUAAUGUAUGGUUGAGACUCAGUUAUAUGACCUAAAAACUUAUAUACUAUUGUUAUAUAAUAUAAUUAUUAUACU